GUAGUUUUGUUUCUUCUGCUUCUCGUCACGAAGAAUUGUGGCUUUUUCGCAAAAUAAACCACUCGAUCGUUGGGAUUUUUUUCUUUGUGGCUGCCGAUUGAUGAUUGCGAUGCAGUAACGGUGUUUGGCUGACUUUGCACGAUGCUUCUCUCUUUCUUUACUCUGACCGGAUUGCUGGCGAUCGUCGGAGCCUUUCACAUCCCCGGCAGGGGCUUCGAUCGGUUUAUUUCCAUCUGGCUGGAAAACCAGGAUUUCGCCAAAGUCGUUAAAGAUUCCCACAUUGCUGAUCUCAAGAAGGACGGGAUUUUGCUCACCAACUACUACGCGCAUACCCACCCCAGUCAGGCCAACUACAUUGCAGCUCUUGCUGGAGACUACUUUGGCCUGAACCAUGACGAACCGGUCCGACUGCCGUUAAACAUAUCGACCAUCGUGGAUCUUCUCGACUGGAGGGGUCUGUCAUGGAAAGCGUACAUGGAAGACAUCCCCGGCCCAGGUUACUUGGCUGCUGCCAGCGAUGGCCAAACAGGCGAUGGAAAGUGGGACUAUGUACGGAAACACAACCCCUUCGUGUCAUUUGACUCCAUCAACCUGAACGGAUCCCGCCUGCUCAAUAUCGAAGGGUUUGACGAUUUCAAGACCGACUUCGAGAAGAAGAAAGUGCCGCAAUGGGUAUUUAUGUCUCCCAACCAAAUGAACGACGGUCACAAUACGUCUCUGGAGUAUGCCACAAAAUGGGCACAGGAUUUCCUGAAGCCAAUGUUAGUCCCGGGUGCUUUCAAAGAGCGCACGCUCAUCCAACUCACCUACGACGAGUCUGAAGAUCAUGGAAAACCAAACAAGAUUGCGUCACUACUCUUGGGCAGCGCACUCCCCGAAGACAGGAGAGGGACGGAAGACAAGACCUUCUAUACACACUACUCAAUGUUGUCAACAGUUCAGUUCAACUGGGAGACGCCAAAUCUGGGCCGGUACGACGUUGGGGCCAAUAUCUUUCAGUUCGUGCAAGACCUCGGUAGCAGAGUGCUUGUACCGAACAAAGAUCCACCCAAUAUGGCCUCCGUAAACAAUUCGGAAUCGUACUUUGGACCUCUUAAUGGGGAUGCGAGCAAGUUCCGCCCGUAUCCACCCCCGAAUCUUGCUCUCAAUGGGUCCAGUGGACUUCCAAUUCUGGAGCACACUCGUCUACAAUGGGUCUUCCACAAUCAGCCGACUCCAUACGACGGGAACGGUACUCUUUACGACGCCAAUUCCCAACCUCAGUACAUCCCGCAAGCCGUCCAAUAGCAUUGGCCGGACGCCAGGCCGGAGCUCACCCCACGGGCUCGCAUAUGGGAUUGUCCAAGGAACGGCCGCAAUAUCAUAUUGGACGCACGCAAGGUUGAGACGUCUUGCCUGAUUCGAAGGAAUUCAAGUCCGGCAUCUUCAACCCUCAUGGGCGCUACCAACCAGGUUAAGGUCGCGUGAAAACGAUCUUUUGAUCCACGUUAAUACAGCUCGAUACCUCGAACAUAAGCGCACGAUGUGCUCUGCGAUUUGAGCUACUCGACCAUCUGAUAAUGACAGACGUUCCCGGCUUAUCAUAGAGAUGCUGGACGAUCUCCCGAGGUCCAUCAAAGAAUCUUUGCGCGGGAUACCCCAGACGGUCAGCGGAUGGCUAUCUUAGAGCAAGCCACAGGAUGGUAAUCAAGCAUAAAGUGUGGGAGCCGACACCGAUGAAAUCAAUCAAGUCGAUGUCUGGGAUGCACUUGGCGCAUGUGGUACUCUCCAGAGAUGCCGAGCUGGCGGUCGGCGCUCCAGUGUCCAAAUCGAUGAUGACGGGGAAGCAGAUUUCGAUUGUCGAUAGCUCAGAGUUUGGAAAUGCCCGUCCGUUUGCGCCACGGCUUUCGGAGGCUGGUUGGCCGACGGUAGGCUUGAGACAUCUUCCAGGCUCGGGAAUGUGGUUGUUUGUGACACCUCGACAGCCUUCGCCACAGUCCUGCUUUUCGGCGGUCCCAUAUUGCCCACGUUAUACCAUUUUGCCCGUGUUACACAGCCAGGCUUGUCUCCAACGGCGUCAUGGCCUGCGCCUCGCGGCAUUUCAGAAGCAAGUUUCAUCGCCGAGACGAAAGAAUGGCGGGCGUAUGUACGGUAGUCGCACUCAAUCUAUUCAAUUUCAUUAUCGAUCCAGAUCGACCUGGCUUGUCGGCUUACCUGAAGCACGAGAAGAAAGCAAUUCGUUGUAGUCCGUACCUGCUCAGAUGCCAGCUCGAAAGAUCCGUCAGCGAACAGUGUCGACGGACUAGCCUCCGGAAGAUGCGGAACGUCCGGCAAAGAGAAUAUCUUGAUCUCGCGGUCCGUCUCAAGACGGACUAAGAGCAGGUCAAUCCGCAGCAAUUUCGGUCGACGGGAGAUGCACACUACCCGCGGCAUCGCCCAUCUCAUGAGUCGUUUACAACUUUGAGACGAUCGAUGGACACACGGUCGUAGAAUAACGGGAAGCGGGAUGCAAUUCGGCACUGAAGCAGCAUCAAAGCGGACGGGUCCGCAAGAAGAGAGUCAACGGGAAAAGCUCCCGUGUCUUCGUAUGACUCAAGGUUAUUUGAAGCGUCAGAACAGUACCCUGAUUUAGACAGAUUCCACAUCUAGGAGAUGCUUCUGAAUCGUGGUAGUUCUUCUAGACGCAGGCCGAGCACAAGACUACCAUCGUGAGCUACGUUGACGUGCUGAUCCAUUUGUGCCUACUUUCUCAACCUCCAAACUGAUUCAGUCUGCCCAAUUGCGCCGAUUCGCC